AUGAUCAAUCCUUUCAGAACCCUUCAGAGGGCUAUCGGUGGCUUGAUACCAAAAUUCUUGACCAAACUCUUUUCGGAUAGUAAAUUGUCGCCUACCAGCACAAGCGGUGGCUUUGCAUUUAUUCAAGGAAUCAGUGGCAGUCAAUAUACCACCGAGACCAACGGUUAUAGUCUUCACGCACGUCAAUAUGCUACUUCAUCCUACGAGACGGAGAAUCGUAUGUCGCCGGCCAAUGUCAUCUAUCCAAUCAACACAGACGAAAUAGUCACUACCGUGAAGUAUGCCAAGGAAGCAAAGGUUGCCAUUGCUAUUCGUACUGGAGGCCAUCAAUACAGUGGUGCAUCUUCGACCAUUGCUCCCAACAUACAACUUGAUUUGAGCAAGACUUUCCGUGGCAAAGACGACCGUCAAAUCCUCAAAAAGGAUGACCAGACCUAUGUUAGAACUAGCGUCAGCUGGGCUCUUGGAGAGUUUAACGCCUACUUAGGGGAGAAUAAAUUGUUCGUACCACAUGGACAGUGUGUGCACGUUCAUCUUGGGGGACAUUGCCAGUCUGGUGGAUACGGGCAGCUAGGCCGCAGUUUUGGACUUCUCGGUGAUCAUAUUAUGUCGUUCGAAAUUGUUGAUCAUGAAGGGACUGUCAAAGAAGUGAACCAAAUGAAUGAUUCAGAACUCUUCGGCGCAAUUCUUGGUGGAAGCCCAGGCAAUCUUGGUGUUAUCACUCACUUCACAACAAAAGUCUACCGCGAUGAAGAUUACAAGGGCUCGCGUGGCCUCAAAUCCAUCCAUCUGUACAGUCCCGAGACACUUGAACGACUCCUCGAUCAGCUUGUCGAAAUGUCUGACAACGAUGAUUUCCCUGGUAACUACGACUUCUGCGUUAGCGUCCUCAGUUCCUCCUUCCCACUCCUCGACUGGUUCCCGGAAGCCGAUCAAACCCUCAAAGAAGAGCACCCAGAAAUCUUCGGUGAAGACGGCCUUAUCCUCUGGCCUCGCUCCAUCAUCGUUUAUGCGCAAUGGGUGCCAUUCAAACCCACCGACGUCUGCGACAUCUCCUGGUUCGACCGCAUCAAGAAAGGCUCCCUCUUCAAAACCGAAGGCGUGAAACCUAUGUCCGAACUCACCGCUGACUGGAUCUUCCGCAACGUCCGCGAGUUCAACCACCCUUACAUCAAAUCCACGACCUGCACUAGCUCCAAAACUCUCGCCAAAGACGGCUGGCCCAAAUGGAUCACCGGCCGUCUCGAUGGCAUCAUCAAGCCCAACGGAAACGACCUCUGGGUCUCAGCCCAAUUCCAGAACUUCGGCGGCAAAAACUCAGCGACGUACAAAAAUCGCAAUAAUGGAACUUCGUAUAGUUGGCGCGAUAGCACUAUCGUUGCUACAGUUGAUUGCUUUUACGGCGCGAAUCGACAGCAAGCUGCGAGGGAUUGGCGGACCGUCAAUAUUCAAGAGGGAAUUGGACCAAAUGGUAUCUUUUCGAAGAAGGACAAGAGGUUGUUGUGGGGAAGUUUUGGAGAUUAUGAUCUUGAUAAGGUCUGGCCUGCUUACUAUGAGGAUCAAGCGAAGUAUGAUCGGUUAAAGAAGGCGAGGGCGAAGGCGGAUCCAGAUGGGACUUUUACGCCGAAUAGUUUUUCUGUUAAGAGAGCUUGA